AUGGAUCCCGAAGAAUCGCCAUGGGCCGAUACCUCCAAGCCCACUACUUUGGCCGAAGAGUCGCAGCCCUCUCAGGCAGCUGACACGUCCCCUUCGACACCUUCCGCUUCGCAAAAAGCAGCCUCGUCGAAGCCAUCUCGCGGACCUCGUCGCAUGGUUGCGCAGCCAACCCGCCUUGAAGCGGUUGACGAUCCUCUCGGUCCCCUUGGUGCCGCGCCUCCCGCGGAGGACGACAAUGCGCCCCCGGUACCGCCACUGAAGGAACAGAUGGUCAUCCGGACUAGCAUGCCCCAGGGCCAGCAAGCGAGACGUGCCCAUGAUCCACAUGGUGUCGAUGAUGAGGGCGAGGAAUCCGAGCAGAAGAUUGGCGGGAGAGCGCCACCGCCCGUGGAGGCCGCACGGCCGAGUGGUGUGAGGACGAGCACGCAGCCUAGCAUGAGCGUGGAGCAAGCCUCAAAGCCGAACUUCACGAUUCACGUCGGGGACCCGGUCAAGAUUGGCGAUCUCACGAGCUCGCACAUUGUUUACUCUGUGCGGACGAGGGCCUACAAGCAGAGCGAAUUCGAAGUCAAGCGCCGCUACCGCGAUUUCCUGUGGCUGUAUAACACACUCCACGCAAACAAUCCCGGCUUUGUCGUGCCCCCGCCUCCUGACAAGCAGGCCGUCGGACGAUUCGAUAGCAAUUUUGUCGAGAGCCGAAGGGCCGCCCUGGAGAAGAUGCUGAACAAGACGGCCUCGCACCCCAUAUUGCAACAUGAUGCGGACCUCAAGCUUUUCUUGGAGAGCGAAGCGUUCAAUGUCGACAUCAAGCACAAGGAGCGGAGGGACCCUCUACCCACAGAAAGCAAGGGCGUCCUAGGCUCGCUGGGCAUUAGCGUGGGAAGCAGCAACAAGUUUGUCGAGCAGGACGACUGGUUCCAUGACAGGAAGGUCUACCUGGAUGCGCUCGAGAAUCAGCUCAAGGGCUUGUUGAAGGCGAUGGACCAGAUGGUUGGCCAGCGCAAGAUGAUGGCCGAGGCGGCCGGCGACUUCUCAGCUUCGCUUCACGCUCUUUCUACUGUAGAGCUAUCGCCCUCGCUGUCCGGGCCAUUGGACGCCUUGUCGGAUUUGCAGCUGACCAUCCGCGAUGUCUACGAUCGCCAGGCGCAGCAAGACGUUCUCACCUUUGGCAUCAUCAUUGAGGAAUACAUUCGUCUUAUUGGGUCAAUCAAGCAAGCGUUCUCUCAACGCCAAAAGGGAUUCCAUGCCUGGCACGCAGCUGAGUCGGAGCUGCAGAAGAAAAAGUCUUCCCAAGACAAGCUACUUCGCCAGGGUAAGAGUCAGCAAGACCGUCUCAACCAGGUCAACGCCGAAGUCGGGGAGGCCGAGCGGAAGGUACACCAAGCCAGACUGUUGUUCGAUGAGAUGGGUCGGUCACUAAAGACUGAGCUGGACCGCUUUGAAAAGGAAAAGGUCGAGGACUUCAAAAGCGGUGUCGAGACCUUCCUCGAGGGUGCUGUCGAGGCGCAGAAGGAGCUCAUUGAAAAGUGGGAGACGUUCCUGAUGCAGCUCGACGCCGAAGACGACGAGUCGGCCUUCUACAAACCACCAGUGUACAACCAGGACGCCACCAAAGUCCCCGGCGACACAGCUGUCGACAGGGCGCGUGCCCGUCUGCAUGAGGACUCUGAUUAA